AAAUUCCACUCCCAUUUUUUUUUCAAUCGCGUCAGCUAGCCAGUCAUUUCAACAGGGGUCGCCACGCGGCAGAAGUCAGACCCUCCUUUAUAUCUACGGAGAUAAGUCACUCGAUAUCUUAUUCAUGGAUUGGACCCGAUACCGUAGACCGUUCAACCAACCCGAUAUCCAUAAUAACCGGUCAGCGCAUCUCGCAAUAUAAUUCAUAAUUGCAUCAAACUUUGUACUAGGUCUGAAGCAAUGAUCCUAUGAAUUGAACUCUUCAAUUCGAGUAUUUGCGCGUUGCUUUCUCGUCGCUCGUUAUAACAUCACCAACCCGCACCGCAAACUCCCUUACCUCGAUGCCUCAUUCCACUAGCUCGGGCUCUUAUGCCCGAGAGUCCUCCGUACCCCGAUCCAAUGCCAAGUACACGGACGACCCAGAUAGCGAUUCCGGUCUGGAGAAAUUCCCAGAUCAUAUUGAUUCUCCGGCGAUGCGCGCCAAUGGUGCAAGGUCCAUGAGCCCUGCCGGACUGAAUGCAUAUGGCAUUGGGUUGAGUGGAGGAGCUCAUCUAAAUGGAGAUCGUUGGCAACCUCGACGAGAUCUCUCUGCGUCGAGAGGUGUGCGAUUCGGCUCACCGUUGGGCCAUCUAGCAGGUGUCCCUCGAAGCCACGGACGGCAGAAGAGUAUUAGUGAAGCCUUCCGUACUAUCAGGGAUAGAAGCGGCAGCGUUAGUCAAAAUGCCCAUGAAUUAGCAGAUGCGCUACGGGCACCUAUAUCCCCCAAGCUCAUUGGUCUAUGUAUGAUGUGGUAUAUGUCAUCCGCCUUGACAAAUACAUCUUCAAAAUCCAUCCUCAACGCUUUCAACAAACCUGCCACCUUGACUAUGAUCCAAUUCUUCUUGGUCGCAUUUUACUGUCUGACCUUGUCGUGGCUGGCCAGCGUAUUCCCUAACAUACGAAGUUCGGUCCCGGCAUUGAAGAACCCCAUACGAUACCCAUCGAGGGAUGUCAUUAUGACGACGCUCCCUCUAGCUCUAUUCCAGAUCGGUGGCCAUCUACUGAGUUCUACGGCAACCUCUAAGAUCCCGGUAUCUAUGGUACAUACAGUGAAGGGACUCUCGCCGCUAUUCACCGUUUUCGCCUACCGAUUUAUCUUCGAUAUUCGAUAUCCGAGGUCUACAUACCUUUCCUUGAUACCACUUACCCUAGGUGUAAUGCUUGCCUGCUCAUCGAACCACACCUUCAAGGGAGAGAUUCUGGGACUCGUAUACGCUCUGUUAGCGACUAUCAUCUUCGUCACGCAGAAUAUAUUUUCCAAGAGGCUUUUCAACGAGGCCGCUAAAGCAGAGGAGGACGGCCAAUCAGCUAAAUCGCGAAAGCUAGACAAGCUGAACCUUCUUUGUUAUUCAUCUGGUCUCGCUUUUCUCCUGACAUCCCCAAUCUGGUUCUGGAGCGAAGGUAUUGGACUUAUCAGGGAUGUGUACCAUGAUGGUUCGGUUGACCUCUCUUCGCACCCUGAUAGCUUUGAUCACGGACGCCUAGCCCUCGAGUUUCUGUUCAACGGCACUUUUCAUUUUGGGCAAAAUAUUUUAGCUUUUGUCUUGCUGUCGUUAGUAUCGCCCGUCACAUACUCAGUUGCAUCUCUUAUUAAGAGAGUGUGGGUUAUUACGGUUGCGAUUCUAUGGUUCCGCAAUCCUACGACCCCUAUUCAGGCUGUAGGCAUUGGGCUGACAUUCCUUGGUCUUUAUCUGUAUGAUCGGACAAACCAGAGCAACAAGGCUGAUCGACGUGCACGUCUUCUCAGUCAGAGUGCGGGAGGGGGCCAACCACUCCUACCUCUCAACACAACCCAGAGCAAAACAGGUAUAUCCGGCCAAGCACCCCAGAUUUUCGGGAGUCCAAUGUCUAUGUCUAACGGGUCGACGCCUCACCCUUAUACCAAUGGACAUUCCUCUCAAGUAACUUCCACAGCCGAAGAUUUUAAGAAAAGCGAUGAUGUCGGUAGCAAUGGCCGGCAAAGAGGUAGUAGCAAUGCGGCUUGGUUGCCGCCCGGUACCAAACAAGAAGAGACUUGGAGAUACGGGGAUAGGGUUAGUGUUCGAUGAUUUACAGGUUUUCCGGAUAGAGAGCCAAAGGGUUAUGAGACGUCGGAAGUUACGUAUGAAAACUAUUUUCUUUUUUUUCUUUUCUAGUACACGGGAUGGCCUAGUGGUUAAGUUAUCCCAAAAAGCCGGUGAUAUGUCAAUCAUCUUGCAAAUAGAGGGUCGUGGUUUUCAAAUCAUGAACUGGAGUCUUAUAGGCAGGAGGCAAGGACCAAUGUUAGAAUACGGCCAAUUUGGUCGUCUGUACGAAGGGCCGGGCCAAAAGUCUUGCACAU